CUUUGCAAGAGUUGACUGAAGGAGACUUGCGAUAAUAAUUGUAAACCAGAUACCAUACAAACGCUCCUGAAUUCUGAUCAAUCUCUGGGAGGGAGAAGAGCUGUUUUGAUUUCGAAAAUCCACCUCAAGACGCACCAGCAAUGGCCUCGGGACAUGCAGAUCUGAAAAAGAGAAUACUAGAACUGUUAAAGAGAGAAGAUGUGAAAACAAUUGUUCUCACUGGGGAUGCUGGAGUAGGGAAAACAUGGAUUGCCAAAAAGAUAAGUGAUUUAUGUGUUGGCAGCGAGGACUUAUCUUACAUGGCCCUUUGGGUGUUUCUGAAUGAUCAGCGAUAUGAAAGUAAGUCUCUUCAGUUGUCUCUACUUCCCACUACUGGGGAGUGGGAAGAUAAUGCUAGUAAGGAGGAGGAGCCAAAAGAGGAAAGCCUAGAAAGCUUGAAAGAGAAGGUAUGCAAGGAGCUUGAAGCAAAGAGACCUAAAACGCCUGAUGAAAAGAAGUUUCUUCUCCUAAUUCUGGAUGGUGUUCCUGACACAACGAAUGAAGAUGACAUUCUGACUGAGCUAAAAGCCGAUCUACAACUGAAUGAGGGAACUUCGUAUAAGGUUUUAAUCACUAGAAGAUCAAAAGAGCCUGUGAAGGAAGCAAGUGAGAUUGAGAGCAAGGAAAUGAAACAAGUGAUAGAGAUUCCCCCCUUGCCUGAUAAGGGUUUGACUCUGCUUGAGGAAAGAGUCACUGAAAAGGUUAAGGAGAUUGCUGGUUUUCCAAAAUGUGCAGAAGAAAUUGCCAAAAAGAGUAAGGGUUUGCCAGCUGCAAUCAACAUUAUAGCAGGAACCUUAAAUCGCAUUGGAGAGCUUGAUUCCGGGAAUCUGACAUUGAAAAGUGCUCUGGAAAAAGCAGCUACAUGUGAGGAUGGAGCUGAUGGUGUAAACCCACUAGUGCCCUCCGCGUAUGACAUGCUGCCUAGCAGUGAUAUGGGUUUGAUCAAAUGCUGGUGGUACCUGCACUUCAUUCUCAAACGUGGUGGAGUUCAUUACGAUGAGUUGAUAGUUUAUUGGAUAUUGGAAGGAUAUUUAGAUCCUGUUGAACUUGUUGAGGAGGCCUACAAAGAGGGACAUCGCCUUUUGAUGGAUCUCAUAGAUCGCCACAUGCUUAAAAUACAAGCUGGUAGCAACUUUGUCAUGGGAGGAUUGGCACUUACAGUUCCUGAUUAUCUCCGAGAUGGUUAUGAAGGUACUUCCUGUCUAGGAUUGGCUAGAGUGUUUGAGGGUGACGAUUGGCCAGGUUUCGGGAGAAUCACACAGGUGGAUGGUAUGAUAAAAACACCCUCCAAUAUGGAGGCGUCCAAUAUUAAGGAAAGAUGGAAUAAAGUUUCCACGCUGCUCAUCAAUGGAACCCGUCUCCGCAGGGAAGUUCCCGAUAAAUUCUUUGAGCCAAUGCAGGGACUCCAAGUUCUUGUGCUUUUUGAUCCUACCUUCAAAGUACUGCCCUCAACGUUGUCUAAAAUGCACGAGCUUCGUAUGCUUGUGCUCAGGGGAUGUGAUCCGCUGGAGGACAUUGAUUCCAUCAAAGGACUUGAGUCACUCACAGUUCUGGAGAUAUCUGGUGCUACCUCCUUGAGGAAGAAUAUUCCGGAUGAUUUUUUUGAGAAAAUGAGUAAACUGCGAAGCCUCAAUCUCUCUGCAGCCCAGAUCAAAUCUCUGCCUUCUUCAGUCUCCGGCCUGACUGAGCUCCGGUGGCUCAUCCUGAGGGGGUGCUCUAGCUUGGAAACACUGCCAAGACUAAAGAAACUUACAAACCUCCAGAUGCUUGAUCUCUCUCGGGCUAGCGAAUUGAAAAAAUUUGAAGACGUCACAUUGAAAUCACUUGAGAAACUACGAAUCCUUGACAUUUCCGAAACCGAGCUUGGCCGAUUGCCAAUCCUUGGCACUCUUGAAAAUCUUACUAGACUCUCAUUAAGAUGCUGUCAAUGCUUACCUAGACUGUCCAUGCUAAAGGCAUUGUCUCACCUCCAAAUUCUUGAUCUUUCGGGUGCUGAUAAGUUGAAGGAAAUCCCGGAUGAAUCCUUGCACGAAAAGCCUGACCUCAAGAUCCUUCAUCUCUCUAAAACUUCAAUCACUAAUUUACCUUUCAAUUUUGAGAAGCUCUCUAAUCUUGAGUUCCUUGAUCUUUCUUAUAACCCUUAUUUGGUGAAAAUCGAAGACAACACCUUCGGACAUCUGAAAAACCUCCGUCAUCUUAACCUCUCCUCGAACAUCAAAAUUGAAAAUCUGCCUUCACUUUCCAACCUUUGUAAACUUGAAGUUCUUAAUCUUUCUGGUUGUAGUGCUCUGACAAAAAUAGCAGAUCAAUCUUUUGAGCACAUGACUCGCCUUCACCGCCUCCAACUCUCUGAAACUCAGAUUGAAUCCCUGCCGUCCCUUUCCAAACAAUUCGACCUCCGUCAGCUCGAUUUAUCUGGUGCACAGCUUCUGAAAGAAACUGAUGCUGACUUCUUGAAGAAUAUGAACCGCCUUCAGAUUCUCAACCUAUCAGGGACGGGUCUCCCGUUACCUUCCCUCUCCAAUCUCACUAACCUCACCCAGCUUUCCCUUAGAGGUUGUUCACUCUCAGAAUCGGAGCCAAAUUUUGGAGAACAUAAAAAGCUGGAGGUUCUUGAUCUUUCGGAGACACAGAUUACUUCUCUACCCUCCCUUGGAAAUCUUACCAGUCUCCGGGAGCUUAAGUUAAGAGGGUGUUCGGGCUUAAAGGAGCUUCCAGAUCUAAACUCGCUGAUCCAUUUGGAGGUUCUUGAUUUGUGGGGGACCGGAAUCAAAGGAUUUCCCUAUGAGAUCUCAGAAUUGACAAGUUUAAAGCACGUUGGUCUGCCAGACAUGACGGGUGUUGAAAAGAUCGAGUGGGUUAGGAUAAAGCGCCUGCCGGAGGAGAUAAACUGGGCUGAGUGCGGCAUCCUCAAGCACUGUAAAAACGGGCCUUGCAUAUCUCUGAGUGCUACCCAACUUUCUGGAAUUCUCAAGGACCAUCCUGAUCAGUUAGGGAAUCUCGAAAAAUUUUACAUCUCUGUGUCCGCCCCUCUUAAGGAGGAAGGUGGUGCUAGAGAUAUCGAUUGGCACAGAAUUGACCCUUCCUUGAGAAAUAUCUACCUGCAGAAAUUUGCAGUUCCGGAAGAGGGUGGACGGUUUCUGGAAAUUGUUGGAUUCGAUAGUUUUCCUGAUGCUAUCGAGGGUGCCAUCGUAGAAGCAGAGUACAUUGCUUUGAUUCGCAACAAGUUCAUGGAAUCCUUGUCAGGCUUAGCUGCGGGUUUGAAGGCAGUGAACGAGGGCGUGACGGCAAUGAAAGGCUGCACGGUGGAGAAGUGCACCGAAAUGGAGUCCAUUUUUGGCGGAGAAGAGACAGAAGUCAAAAUGCUGAAAAAUCUAGAGACUCUGAGGGCGUCAAACCUUCCAAAGUUGAAGAGUGUCGUCUCCAUUGGGACGGAGAAAGUUGGAGGGUUUGAAAAUCUGAAAGAGUUAUAUCUGGAUUGUUGCCCAUUGCUGGAAUUUGUGUUUCCAUCAUCCCAGCAGCCAGAAAAUAUUGAAAUCCUCGAACUCAAAUUCUGUGACAAAUUGAAGACUCUGUUUGAGUCUGAACCACCGACAGAAACAGAACGUAAACUGCCGAAAUUGAAGAAACUGCAUCUCGUGGAACUGCCAGAGUUAACCAGCAUUGGAGUGCCAGAGUCGAUGAGCGUUGGGGAUAUAUUUCCAUAUAUCAACUCAAUCAAAGUUUGGGAAUGCCCGAAGAUCAACAACUUGGACGAAAUUUCUGGAUUGACACCUGAUUCUGUCAAGAAUUCCAAAGUUGAAGACUAUUGUGGUUGAACGGGCAUCUCUACAGAAUUCAGAUGCUAAGGGAGUUUGUUGAAGCUCUUUCAUGGUUAAUUUGUCAAGGAAUCCGAUUAUUCAUACUCUUGGUAUGUGUUCAAACAUUUUGAAACAUUGUAUCGGGAAUUAUACUUUUCUUGAUUGCCCCAGACUGCAAAUCUAGUGAGCAAGUGCUGAGUUCAUGGAUCAGAACUCGACCACUAAUCAAGUACCAGGUGGGACAUGUUUAUGUUUUAGAUUUGGAGACCUUUUGUCUCACUUGGUUUUAGAAUUUGUUGGAAUUGUUAUUGUGGACUUUGGAAAUUG